AUGAGGUUUCAACGCUCAAGUAUUCUCCAAUGCCUAGCACUGGUAUUAGUAACCCUCUGUGCCACAGUCUUGGCCCAGAACACGGUCGCAUCAACACAGGCAGCUGCUAGCGGCAAUGCGCCUGCAUCCAGCGGACGUGCUGCUGCCACUCCAUCAGCAUCUGGUCCAGCCAUAGCAUCUGGCACUGGCUCAAGAAGCGGCAACGUCACUGCCACCGUUUCAUCCAACUCGACCAACAUUACUACUACGACUAGCACCACACCCACCACAUUCCCUAUCGCUUCUGUCCCCACCACGGGCUACUUGGCAGGUACAGCAGCUGCUCCCGCUCCAGGAGGCGCAUCUGGCGCUCAGGGAACCGCUGCAGUGGGUCCCGACGAUAAUCACAUUGUCAGCGCUGCUCAGAUGCUCGGCGCGCCGUUCGCGGCUGUCUCGGCGAGCAUAUUGGCGCUCGGCGUCGGUGUUUGGGUUCUGCUCUGA